AUGAGAAUAUUUAGCCCUUUUGGGUUUUUUCUCUUUCAGAUCACAGCAAAAGCAGCUGUCAUUUUUGUUACACUUCAGUAUAAUGUUACCAUUCCUGCCACAGAAGAACAAUCUGCAGACACAAUCUCUCUCUAUCACUAUGGCAUCAAAGACUUGGCUACGAUUUUCUUUUACAUGCUUGUAGCAAUAAUCAUACACGCUAUAAUUCAGGAGUAUGUACUGGAUAAAAUUAACAGGAAAAUGCACUUUUCAAAAACGAAACACAGCAAGUUCAAUGAGUCUGGGCAACUUAGUGCAUUCUACCUUUUCUCCUGUGUUUGGGGAACAAGUAUUCUUGUCUCUGAGAACUAUAUAUCAGAUCCAACCUCUCUGUGGAGGGACUAUCCGCACGCUCUGAUUCCGUUUCAAAUGAAGUUUUUCUACAUCUUACAGUUGGCAUACUGGUUUCAUGCUUUUCCAGAAUUGUACUUCCAGAAAACUAAAAAAGAAGAUAUCUUUCGCCAGAUUGUCUACAUUGGGCUUUAUCUCUUUCAUAUUGCUGGAGCCUAUCUCCUGAAUCUGACCCAUCUUGGACUAGUUCUUUUGGUAUUGCAUUACUUCGUUGAAUUUCUUUUCCACAUAUCCCGUCUUUUCUACUUCAGUGAUGAAAAAUACCAGAAAGGAUUUUCACUGUGGGCAGUUCUUUUUGUUUUGGGAAGGCUUCUCACCUUGAUUCUCUCUGUCCUCACUUUUGGCUUUGGACUGGCAAGAGCAGAAGAUCAGCAGCUGAAUUUCAGUACUGGAAACUUUAAUAUCCUGGCUGUUAGAAUCAGUGUGCUGGCCUCCAUCUGCAUGACUCAAGCAUUUAUGAUGUGGAAGUUCAUUAAUUUCCAGCUUCGGAGGUGGAGAGAACAUUCUUCUUCUCAGCCUCAGUCAGUGAAAAAGAAGUUCGUAUCAGCUAAAGGAAAGACCUCCAGAAAAGAAAGAGAAAAUGGAAUAAAUGGAACAGUGACUUCAAAUGGAGCAGACUCGCCUCGCAGCAGGAAGGAUAAAUCCUCCUAAAACUGGGUUUUAUUAAGUUAAUUGACUAAUGUCCCCAAAGAAUCUGCUUUUUACAUGGAUGGCCCUUCAGCACUAGAGAUGUUACGGAUUAGAGAAAAUACAAUUCAUGUUUUUUGAUUAUCGCUGUUGUUUUGAGAAACUUUUUUUAAAAAGCCAUUUUGACUAAGGAAAAAGGUUUAUCUCUCUUCAAAUACUUGGGGGGGGUUCCACACUUUUUAAAAAACAUUGACGCUUUUUUAAACAUUUACUGUGAUGAAAUAACUUACUUAAUGAGGAUCACUGUUGCAAUGUAUUACUUUCUUCCAGUUUUUGUAAUCUUGGUGAUAUAUACUGUUCUACCAACUUCACUUUUUUCAAGUUCCUCAAGAAGUGUUGCAAAAUCAAAGUAAAAGCUUAGUAUGCAUUUUCAGGUACUCUGGCUUUUCGGUUAAUUACCUUGACUCAAAUUUACAGUUCAAAUUGGGAUUCCAAGACCACACCAAUAGACCUCUUUAUUUUGUAGUUGUUAGUUGCACAAUGUCUGCUCAAAGAAUUGCCCCAUAUCAUUAAAACAAAACUGAACU